AGCGCUGAGCAGCCAUGGAGAAGAUGCAGCAGAUCGUUGGACGGGCGAGAGCCGCCUUCAACUCGGGCCGGUGCCGCUCGCUGGAGUUCAGGAUGCAGCAGCUGAAGGCCGUGGAGCGGAUGGUGCGGGAGAAAGAGAAGGACAUCCUGGCAGCCAUCAAGGCGGAUCUGCACAAGUGGGGUCAAUGCGUACAGCCAUGAGAUCCUGACCGUGCUGAGGGAGCUGGCCCUGGCCAUGGACAAGCUGCCAUCGUGGGCUGCCCCUCAGCCUGUGGAGAAGAACCUGCUGACGAUGCGGGACGAGGCCUACAUCUGUCGCGAGCCGCUGGGGGUGGUGCUGAUCAUCGGGGCCUGGAACUACCCCUUCGUCCUGGUCAUGCAGCCUUUGAUCGGGGCCAUUGCAGCAGGCAAUGCGGUGGUGGUGAAGCCGUCGGAGAUGAGCGAGAACGUGGCUCAGCUGGUGGCUGAUCUCCUUCCCCAGUACAUUGACCGGGAGCUGUACCCCGUGGUCACUGGAGGAGUACCUGAGACAACAGAGCUGCUGAAGCAGAGAUUUGAUCACAUCCUUUAUACUGGCAACUCCGCUGUGGGCAAAAUCGUGAUGGCAGCAGCUGCCAAGCACCUGACGCCCGUCACCCUGGAGCUGGGCGGGAAGAGCCCCUGCUACAUCGACAAGGACUGUGACCUGGCUGUCGCCUGCAGGCGGAUAACGUGGGGGAAGUACAUGAACUGUGGGCAAACCUGCAUCGCCCCGGACUACGUCCUCUGCGACCCGUCCAUCCAGAGCAAGGUGGUGGAGAACAUUAAGGCGACUCUGCAGGAAUUCUAUGGGGAAGAUGUGAAGUCAUCUCCAGAUUAUGAAAGGAUCAUCAACAGGCGUCACUUCAAGAGGAUCCUGGGCCUGCUGGAAGGGCAGAAGAUCGCUUACGGGGGAGAGACUGAUGAGGCCUCCUGCUUCAUAGCACCAACUGUCCUCACUGAUGUUUCUCCGGAGUCAAAGGUGAUGGAGGAGGAAAUCUUUGGACCAGUCCUCCCCAUUCUGACUGUGAGGAGCGUGGACGAAGCCAUUGAGUUCAUCAACCAUCGGGAGAAGCCCCUUGCCCUGUAUGUCUUCUCAAACAACAAGAAGUUAAUCAAAAGAGUCAUCUCAGAAACCUCCAGUGGGGGUGUCACUGGAAAUGACGUUAUCAUGCAUUUUUUCCUCUCAACCUUACCCUUUGGUGGUGUUGGUAACAGCGGGGUGGGCGCCUACCAUGGCAAGCACACCUUUGAGACCUUCUCCCACCGCCGCUCCUGCUUGAUCAAGGACCUGAAGAUGGAAGGUGCGAACAAACUCCGGUACCCACCUGGCAGCCAGAAGAAGGUGGAUUGGGCCAAGUUCUUCCUCCUGAAGCGGUUUAACAAGGGCCAGAUUGGACUGGUCAUCUUGGCCCUGCUGGGGAUUGUGGCAGCGGUGCUGAUAAAGAAUCACCAGUCUCUGCUGAAGAGAAAAGCUCUCUUGAUUGUGCUGGCUGUUCAGAGGCUGGGCUGGCUCAGUGUGUGGUAAGGAGGAGCAGGCUUCAGAGCACUGCUGUGGCUGUCACAGUGAGGUGGUUAACUACUGAAGAGAGGAGAAGGCGCCAUGUGCAAGUCAUACUCUUGAGUGCUCGCUUUGUGUCUGUUUCCUUAAGCCGAGAAGUAAUUUUUUUCUUUUGUACUGGGUUAUUUCAGUGAGCUGUCGAGCACACAGAGUAGCCUUAGAGAGGCACUAACCAAGAGAAGGCUUGGACUCCUGUUUACUAAAAAGCCAUGCUGAAACAUGGGACCAGUGGGUACAAGCUUUCAAAAGGAGGAUGCAGAGUGAGAAAUACAAGUCCCUA